UGUGUCCAAGUACCAAACUUAAGUCUGCUAUCCUUGAAAGUUUGGCAUCAGAAAUUAUCAAAUACAAAAUGUAUCCUUCAAGUGCAGACCUUGAUGAUGUGAGUCAAGCUUUGAUAACAAAACAUCCUUGUUUAAAGGAGCAAGGAUCCGUUUCUGGGUACUAUGGUUGGAAAAUCAGUUUAAAAUACAAAAUGGCCAACUACCGCACCAGACUGAGGGGCAUUGGCUGCCCGGAGUUGAGCAUAAAUGCUAUGAAAGAAAAGGAUGGUUCCCUGAACCACAGCCCAAACCAGGUGAAAAAGCCUCGGAAAGCCGAAGUCAACUACUGUCCUGGUUAUCCUGCAGGCGAAUCUAAAGAGAGUCUUGAGGCUGAAAGACAAGCACUUCUAGUGGAGGUGAAAAAGAAGAACCAAGAGCAGAUUAAAAACAAAAUGGAAAGAACAUUUGCCUAUAGAAGGCAGGAAAUUAUCCAGGAUAUGCCCUUCAUCACAGAGUUACGGAGCAGAUGGCCUGCUCUGUUUUCAGAAAGAGAGGUUGAUGCAGAAUUUGCCAGAAUCACCACUGUCCCACUACGGUCAACUUUCAUGUUUCAACUCGAUCGGCAUACUGACAACUUACUGAAGGUCUUCCGUAAGAAGGGAGGGGCAGCAGGACAGAAAAUUAAGGUCAUUUUGGCAGCAAUGGACAAGGAUCCAAGUAUUGAGAAACGGAGAGAUUGUGUGCUCAAAGCAGUGUCUGUGUACCUAAAUGAAGAUCCACAACAUCUCAUUAAGGAAUACAUGGAUCUUGAUCCUGGUGCAAAGAAAGAUAUGGAGGAAACGAUGAUGGGAGUCUACGUCAUUUGGCAUGAGGGAGCAGAGGACACUGAUCAAGCUGAGGAUGUCGGUAUCAUUAUAGAGGGAGUUGAAGUGCUUCAGGGUCUCAGGUAUUUUGCGAAUGGGUGUGCACUACUGCUUGGCCUGAUCUACAGCUUAAAUCUAAGCUAUCCAAAAGACUUAAGAUACACUUUUGAGUUUGUCCAAAAAGUAUUGCUGGAUUUGGAUGGAAACAGAAUGUCUGCAAAGGUGCAGGUCUUGAAAAACCGACUGCACGAGUAGCUUCACUGCACAAGGCAAUAUCUGUGAUGUUCACUGCUUUUUGUUUUACAUGGUGUUAUUACAGCAGAUAAUAUUGUACUGUAUCAGCAAUGUUAAAUGUCAGCUGUUAAAGCCUGUUCAGGCCUGCCUUGUUUUUUGCCAUAUGGUGUGCUAAAGUUCUGUCCUUGGAGGUAUCUGCUUGCUUGGUAUUUAUUUUUUUACAAAACCAAAAGGCGUUGAAUUUAAUGUCAUAAUGACCAAGCACCAAGUUUCAAUUUUUACUUGAAGACACUAUGAUUAUUAUUGUUGGUUUUGCUUUGUAUUGAAUAGUGUAUCUUUUAAAGGGCCACUGAUGUUUACUGUUUUAUUACAGUUAGAAAAACAUUUGUUGUGAUUCACUUUAAAUUCAAUACCUGGAUGGAUAUUUUUGGUUUCACACUGUUUACAUGUGCAGCUUAAUUGAGCCAAAGGCAUAGCUUGACUAAGACAGAUAACUGGACAUAUUGCAGAGUCCAAGUCUACAUGCAGAGGAGAACAUGUUAUUAUUGGCUGUGUUUAUCUUAUCGUUCAAAGUGUUUCUUUACUGUAGCUUUCACUUUUGCCAGAGCCAUUGUAUUGUUGUUUUUUUUUCAGCAACAGUACUGUAGUUCAUACGCUGUCUCCUCCUACCUGAAAAGACCGGGAGGAGUAUUUUUUGGUUUGUGGACGAAAAUAGAUUUGUUUAAUGGUACAACUCAAUUUUGUUUUAUGGGUAUGAUUUAUGGGAUGUAACCAGACUGCACUUUUGAUUUAAGCCCAUGUUUAUUUGUGGUCAGUCUUGUCUGAAAUUUAAUUUUAAAAUAAAGGCAGGUGAAAGGA